AUGGGAGUGAGCGGCGGCAAUUGGGAUGAUGAUGAGGAGGUUGGCCGAAAUGCGCCCACGGUGACGUACGGCUUGGAACCGUUCGUCUUCGAUCCGGGCCCUCAGCCGACACAGGAGGAGCUUGCCAACGAUGCGGAGCGACGUGUGCGGCAGGACAAGCGCUUUCGCGAGGCCCUGCGCCGACAGAAGGCUGCCAUCACAGCCAUCCUCCAAGGAUGCUUGGAGAAGGUGAAUGGUCAGUUGGAGCGAGGAGAGGCCGUUUGCCAAAAGGCACACUUCCCGCUGCUUCACCCAGUGGAGUUCGAGGAUUUGGAGGCUCUUCCACAGCCUGGGCAAGAGUAUCACUCGUGUUCCUCGCGACUCUGCACUCAGACUCGUCAUGACUCGAGUGUUGCCUCUGCCGUUGACGACUUCGUGUAG